AUGGCAAUGGCUGAGCCACCAACCAUCAACGCAUUGGAAAUAGACGAUGGUCGAGAUUCUUCAGUCCAAGAUUUCACCGACAACACCCUGGCAGCCCUUAUACACGGACUCUCACAGACCCCGGCAGAAGCAAACAUCUCCAUCACCCUCAAGCGGAGAGCCAGCCCAAUGGCUUGCAUGAUCAAUCCCAUCACCGGAGCUUUGGAAGCGAGUCCGGGAGUUGAGAUGCACAGGAAAUACUCUUGGCCAGGAAAAACGGCACAUGAGGCCUGGAAAUUUAGUGAGCUAGCAAUGUUCAAGAACCAAUCUGGAAGGUAUACUGAACACAUCGAUACAAUCACCAGGGACAUAUACUAUAUCGAUCCGGAAUUCUUCCGCGUGCAGUAUAUCGUGGACCACAUUGUCGAUGACCUGGCGUACACCAUCGGAGUCAACAGAACGGCAUUGAAUGUGGAAGCGGCAGCAAAGGGACUGGUGACAGGAGAUUUUCGGUUGAUCCGUGGCUCCCAUAUUUUAAUUGAUGCGCAGUCUAUCACCGAGGACAGUUUGAUUCCUCGCAUAAAGGAUGGAGACGAGAUUGACAUUUCACGGGUCCGCUGGGUACUGGUCAUCGAGAAAGAGGCAGUCUUCCACCGGCUCGCGCGAACCAGUUACCACACCAGAGCACUAGCCGGAGAAGGGAUUAUGAUCACGGGCAAAGGAUACCCCGAUUUCAUGACACGAACGUUUCUGCGCGCAAUGUCCGACUCCGUAUCCAACCAGAGCAGGCAUCCGCCUCGUUUCUAUGCCCUCGCCGAUGGUGAUCCCCAUGGCAUGGCCAUCAUGUCGACGUACAAGUACGGUUCGGCGGCACACUUACAUCAAAAUGCUCGGCUCAGUAUACCGAGGCUGCAAUGGCUGGGUCUUCGAGUGACAGAUAUCAUAGCAGUUCCGGAGGUACUUGGUGACACGGCUCUUCUCUCGCUGACGAUGCGAGAUCGCAAGAAGAUCGUGGCUAUGCUUCGAAACAGUCCGGUCUGGGCGAGCGAUGGACCAGAGCCCGAGUGGCGUGCUGAAUUGCAGCGGAUGCUGGUUCUGAAUCUGAAGGCGGAGAUUGAGAUCCUGUAUGGGUGCCAAGGGGGGUUGGAGGGGUGGAUUAAUCGGAGGAUGUUUCGGCAGGAGUAA